AUGAGUUUGAUUUACAGUGUUAAUAUCACGUUAGCUGAUGUACCUAUAGUUGACAACACCUUGUACCCCAUCCUCAUCAACAUCAUCGCCAACGUUUUAACCGUCUUAGUUUCAAUCUUCGGGAUCUUGACCAAUGCGGUCAACAUAUUGAUCUUCCUGCGGCAAGGCUUCAUUGACCAGGUCAACAUAACCUUACUGGCCUUGGCCUUGUCUGACCUUCUGGCCCUGAUGGCCAUUUCCGUCCCGACCCUCGUGUUUUUCAUGGCCUACAAGUUGUUUGACGUCAUCCUAUACUCGGGCGAGAUCUCAUACAUUACGGCAGGGACGGUGCACCUGAUCUUCGUUAGAGUGACUGGUUGGCUGACGGCUUUCAUCACGUUUGAGCGAUGCCUUUGCGUGACGUUACCCCUGCACGUGAAAUCCCUUUUCACGAAACAACGCGUCACGUGCGUCGUCGUAACCAUUUACGUGUUCAGUUUCGCCUGUUUGGCGCCUACCUACUACACGACGCGAAUUAUCUCGAGUUACCUCCCUCAGAUUAACCGGAGUUAUCUCAUCCUGGUGUACACCGACGAUCGAGCUAUCAUUGAUCACGUGACGUUUAUCGUCGGCAACGUAUUCCCCGUCAUGGCGUCUUUCUCCAUCGUCGUGCUCAGUACAAUCUUCCUCGUUGUUGGUCUCGUACGCUCUACAACGUUUUCAACACAUCAAAUACAACAACUCACAACUAACAACAAGAUUCAGGUCAUAUCAAGGAAGAAGAUUAAGAUAAUUAAACUGACGUCAUCGCUGGCUUUAAUCUACAUCGUCACGUUCACGCCGACUAUAAUCUUCACCGUGUGGACGAUACGUGAUCCUGGGUUCAGCGUGACAGGGUUCAACCGGAACUUCUUCAACGUGGCAUUUUCCUUUUCCUUCCUGAUGGAAUCGCUCAACUCCAGCCUGCAUAUUUUCCCGUACUAUAGUCUGAGUGCUAAGUACAGGACCAGCUUCAGAACGUUGUUUACGUGUUGUCCGGCUGUUCGUGUACCCUAA